AUGCAAGGCUCUCAGAGGGUUUUCGCUCACCACUCUCUUAUCUCACCACAUAUCAGCCGCAAAACACUGUUCCAGAAAAACCGUUGGAUCCGAAGGAGCCUCCAACAUAGGUCUAUGAGCUUAAAUUUCCAUGCGCGAGCAAAGGAUAUACAUGUAACGUGGCUUGGGGGAAGGCGCAUGCAUGGUGGCAUAAAGCUAAACUUCUACUUUUGCUGUCUAAGAAUAGUAACAAGGAUGGUUGACCCUAACCCUGGAGCCUCAUGA